AUGGCCGUUUUUCAUCCCUGGCAGCAUCGUGGGUCGACCAUUAGCAUCGCACCUGGCCGGCACCACCACCACUCUCCCGACGGGGACGGAGCCGAGGAGAACCAGACCACACUCGACACGAUAGCAAACUGGGCGCGCGAGGGAAUCGCUGUGGCCGCUGACGUUCGGGCUGGCAUGCUGCACUGCGCGGUGGAGAUGAUGCACCUGUUCGACGCCGCGAUGGCGCCCGCGCUGCGCCAGGCGUGCGACCAGACAUGCCGGACCCCCCGCUGGCUACAGCUACAGCGUCGUCCGCGGCUGCGACCGCAUCGGCCCGCCGUCGACAUAUACGCCCCCGGCUGCCCGGCCACCGCCGAGGCGCUCAUGUACGGCAUGCUGCAGCUCAAACGCGAGGUUAGGAAUACGAAGACGGCUCGUAUGUGGUACCGCAAGUAG